UGAUACACGACUCUAGCAUGGGUUCAGCCAACUUCACGACUAUAUCUAACAAUUUGGUAAGGCAAGGUUAUGCCAUUGCUACUAGUUUCGGCCUUUUCCAACUUCCAACAGCCAAAACACUUACUUAUGCCAACGGCCGUCCACGAGGACAUUUUCCCAACAAGAUCUUGGCACUACUACCCGCGCUUCACCAGGCCCACUCAUGCAACACGCUUCCUGCGCUCGCGUUUCAUUAAUGACGACGUCACGACAAACUCGGAGGCCCGUGAUCUAUAAAAACGAGAUUCCUCAGCUGCAUCCAUGGACCUUUCCCGUUCUUCCCUAUUUCUAAUCACUGGAUCUGCUGGAGACAAUAUCACUCCUUGCCCACCAACUCGGUGAUUCGCAGGAUGUACCCAAGCUUCUAAGGUGCGUAUAUUUUAAUUAUUCCUUGAUUUAAUCGACGAGACUCAGCAGUAACACAAAUAUGGCCUCUUUCAACAAUGGCUUGGCCAUUGAUCCUUUCGAGGAUCGAAACAUAGUUGUGGCGGAUAUUACCACCAAUAUACUACAUGCCCCGCAGCCUCAGCGUCGAUGCCUUAAUACUAUACCCACCUCUUACUCGCCUGUGGGCAACCAAGCAAUUGGAUUGAGCAUCCCUCGACCUUCUGCUCCUAUCUUUAAUCAACCACAACCUCACCAUGCUCUGCUCUAUGACAACAUUAGUAGCUCCAGUUCAUCCCAUACCGACUCCUCCAACGAGCACCAUAUUACCCAUCCUUGCAGUUGGGACGACACAGGAACACCUUGCGGUUACGAGUUUAUAUCCAAGAAUAUUGUUGCUCACUUUCGCCAACAUCAUCAGAUUGAUGUCGACUCGGACAAAUCGUUCACUUGUUGCUGGAUCACACCCAACGCCGGCCGUUGUGGAAGGAAGUUCAAGGUCGGAGGCUUUGAACGCCACAUUGUUACCCACAUCGGUAUUAAAUUCAGGUGUUCCGUUUGCAGGAAGAGGAUGGCGGCUCGGAAGGAUCUCGCUGCUAAGCAUCGUCGGUACCACGCAGCUUGCACUAAGGCAACUUUUGACACUAUCAGAGACUGACGCAUUCCUUUCCGAUAAUAUUCACGCUUCCAUUACAAUGUGUGUUGGACGGUUCGGUACCUUAACAUGCUAUGUUGCGUCGUGUAAUUAUUAGAGCUGCGCUCUUAAUAUUAAUGCAAUUGAUAUUUAGAUUUA